GAAAAACAUGACCAAGGAAAUUGCCAUAUUUCACUGGGAAUGCAAUUAUUGAUAUCUUGUCAAUUCUCGGUCUUCUUCGCGAGAUAUACCGCAUUUAAAACUAAUCUCUAUUCUUUUGAAAUGGUUUUAGAAGUUGUAAUCUCUGAAUUUUUGCCUCGUAUUUUCCCGCCGUUUCUGUUGUCACGUGGUCGCUGUAGUUCCGUUUUCUGACGCUUGCGUUUCCGGUCAUUUGACGCUGCGUGUCGCGCGGUUCUCGUAAAUUAAAACUGCGAAGUUUAUCAGUUAGAUCACGAUGUGAGAGUUGUGUUAAUCGAUUGACAGUUUGCAAACGGAUGAAAUAAUAAUGGGCACAAGCUCUGACAGUGAAAGUUCCGAUAGUAGCACCGAAUUCCUCGUGUCGCCAAGUAAGAUCAACUUGAGUUCGUCUUUCUUCGGGAGCACUGCGAAACCUAACCUAACAGUCGACACCAACGAUACCUCGGAUGAGUCGGAUGAAGACUUCAUCCACGACGAGGCCACGUCUGCGGAAUUGCUCGCUCAGGUUGUGAAAAAUUUGGAGAAUGUCCAAAACAUUGAAUACGCGGAAAACUCUUCAGGUUACGAGUCUUCCUUCAGAUCAUCGCAGGCAAGAACUGAUCCCAACGAGUCCUUGGUCGAAGUCAAAGGAAACAUCCUAGCGGAAGAGAUCGAGGACCUUUUGACCAGAGGCGAAAGUAGUGUCUCGACGUCUACUAAUCUAAAGGAGAGCAAGGAUGUUGAAAAAUCGUUAGAUGAGGAGAAACCACCAGCUGAAUAUCGCAUUCCUCAAGAAGGAGUUAAGAUAACGCUACCCAGUUCUGAACUUAUAUUAGGUAGAAGGCGAAAGCAUUUGGACUUGGAGACGCAGCUAAGGAAUAAACUGAAUCAACGGCGGAAAUCGAUUCAAGUAUUUAUACAUAAAGUAGGUCUCCUUUGUUGGCUCGCGUAUGGUUUUCAUUUGAAUCGGCAAGUGAACGAUACAGAGAUACUUUCCGUUGCCUUGUCUUUUGUAGCAGCUCAUAAUUAUCCAAAAAAUCGUGCGGACUUAGAGUACUUAGAGAAGUUUACAAAAUGGUUUAAAAGUAUUUUUGUAAUGGAAAAUGAUCAGAAAGUUGAAGGUAUUAAUAAAGAUACUUUACUGAUCAGAUUGAAGGAAAGAAAGGUUAAGAGUUAUAUGGAACUCGUUUUGUUGUAUAUUGCGAUGUUGAGAGGAAUGGGUAUAAAUUGUCGACUGGUCGUGUCUCUUUAUCCUCCACCUUUGAAAGUUCAUAAAGAAGAGUUGUUGCCGAUGCCGGGAGCAUCUAAAGAAAAGGAAGAAAAGUCAAGUUCCAGCAAGGUUAAGAUCGAAGAGGAAAGGAAAAAACCUGCAAACCGGAGGGGUAAAAAUUCAAAAGAUAAGUCCAAAAAAGUGGAAAACACGAAAUCUGAGGAAAGUCCUCAGAAAAUUGUACCAGAAAACAGUCUCAGUGCAAGACUGAGUGCUAAAGUGGAAGCAAGGAAGAAAGCCGCUGUGAUACUUCAUGGAAAGUCGAAAGCUACCGUUGAAAAAUCUGAUUCUCAAGAAUGUGCCGAAACCUCAAAGCAGGAUACUUCAAAAAAGAAAGGCAUUAAUUUGAAAGCAUUAAAAAGCGAUAAGCUCAAUUCUAAUGCUUCAAGUUCACAAAAAACAGUUUCAAAUGAUAAAGUAGAGAGUGGAAGAGUAUUAAGGUCGAGAGCUACCACUAACAAAGCUCCAAGUAAAGCAGUCGAGAAAAUGAAUACCGAGAGCAGUGAUACAGAAACGUCGGAGGAGGAGGAGCCUCUACCGAAAAAGAAACAAGGCCUUAAACUCAGCGCAUUAAAGCCAUCUGCUGAUACUUUGGAAAAGGGAUCCGGGAAGAACAAACAGCCUGCGAAGAGAAAAAACGCGAAUUCCAAGGCCCAGAAGUCCAAAGACCAAAUCGAUAGGCGAUUGCUGUCAUCCGACGAUGAGAAUGAAUCGCAAGAUCAAAAAAGGACGACUUACGACAUUUGGGCAGAGGUUUAUCUGGAGUCGGAAGAAAACUGGAUCAGCGUUAGCGUGCCCGAUGGAAAGAUUCACUGUGUCUCCGAAAUUUAUAAAAAGGCAGCGAGUCCUGUUUUGUAUGUAGUCGCCUGGAAUUCAGUGAGUACUUUGAGAGACGUCACAAGGAGGUACUGUCCUCAAUGGCUUACGGUUACAAGAAAGCAGCGUGUCGAUGAGAAAUGGUGGAGCGAAACUCUGUCCUACUGGAAAGAGAGGGAAACCGCUCUUACUAGAGCCGAAGAUGAGAUGCUCUUACAGAGAGAAUUGGAGCAACCGCUUCCAAAGACCGUAGGGGAAUGCAAAGGACACCCUUUGUAUGCGCUGGCCAGACAUUUGUUGAAGUACGAAGCAUUGUAUCCACCAGAUUGCGUGCCACUAGGUCACUUACACAACGGGGAAGCCAUUUACUCCCGUCACUGCGUACACACGCUUUGCUCCAGAGAAACUUGGCUGCGAAAAGCCAGAGUGGUGAAACCUGCUCAAGAACCGUACAAGAUAGUCAAAGCUUUACCUAAGUACGAUAAGCUUUCAGGAGCAGUGGUUAAAGGCCAAGCCUUAGAGAUAUUUGGGAAGUGGCAGACCACGCAGUACGUUCCUCCAGAAGCUAAGGAUGGUAAAGUGCCGAGGAACGAGUAUGGGAAUGUUGAUCUUUUCAAAAUGUGCAUGCUGCCGAAAGGAACCGUCCAUAUUGACCUCCCGGGUUUGAACCGCAUCGCACGAAAGUUGGACAUCGAUUGUGCGCCUGCUGUGGUUGGAUUUAAUUUUGGAGGUAUGGGAGCCGUUCCUGCUCUGGAAGGGUACGUGGUUUGUUCGGAAUAUGAAGACACUUUGCGCGAAGCAUGGGAAGUCGAGCAGGUCGAGGCGAGGAAACGUGCCAAGGAGAAAAGGGAGAAGCGCGUUUACGGCAACUGGAGGAAACUGAUCAAGGGCUUGUUCAUCAGAGAACGCUUAGCUGUUAAAUACGAAUUUGGGAACGACAAAGAAGUGCCGACCACGUCGAGCAAUAAACGAGCGAAGCAGAAACCCGGUUGCAGCAAGAAGACCAAGGUCAUCGUGGUCAAGAGGAUUGUGUAAAACGGAACGCCAAUCGCGAGGACACCAUUAAGGCCGGGCAUCAAACUGCAGAUGACUAGGAAUGAAAGAAAAAACCACG